AUGUCGUCCCCGCAGCCUUUUAUCGCCUCCUCCCCGCUUUCUGCUGCGUCACAACUCGACGGCGUCCGCAAGAAGAGCAAGUUCACCUUCAAACAUCUUACGCAGCUCUCGCAGUACAAUACGAGCUGCCCAUUGCGUGUAAUAGCAUUGGUGGAUCUCGAUGCUUUCUACGCGCAAUGCGAAAUGGUGCGACUUGGGGUCCCCGAAGAUCAACCACUUGGAGUGCAGCAGUGGCAAGGUUUGAUCGCUAUCAACUACCCAGCUCGCAAAUUCGGUCUUGGCCGACACGUUACACCAACCGAAGCCAAGAAGAUGUGUCCAGAAAUCAUCCUGCAGCACGUCGCCACUUGGAAAGAAGGGGACGAGCAAUGGCAGUACCACGAGAACGCGGCCUCGCAUAUCGCAACGCACAAAGUCUCGCUUGACCCGUACAGAAGAGAGAGCAAGAAGAUAUUGAACUUGAUCAAAGAGACGCUAGCGCCGCCACCACUGCAGCGUGUAGAAAAAGCCAGCAUAGAUGAAGUCUUUAUAGAUCUUUCAGCGCAGGUUCAUUCCAUUUUGAUUGAGAGAUACCCAGAGCUCAGCGGACCGGCUCCAUAUGACGACCCCUCCGAACAUCUUCCCCGUCCUCCCACAACCGCAUUAGAUUGGAAUACAGAUCAUUUGGUUGACUUGGACGCGGGACAGACUGAAUAUGAGGAUCCAGAUUGGGAUGACGUUAUCUUUUCCAUCGCCUCCGACAUCAUCCGAGAUGUGCGAAGAACAGUACGUGAGAAGCUCAAGUACACCAUGUCCGGAGGUAUAGCUAGGAACAAGAUGUUGGCAAAACUCGGUGCAGGCUACAAAAAACCCAACCAGCAGACCGUAAUCCGGAAUCGUGCCGUGCAGCACUUCUUGGCCGGCUUCAAAUUCACCAAGAUACGCAACCUGGGUGGUAGGCUUGGGGAUGAUGUCGUUGCCAUGUUCAACACGGAUACCGUGGAAGAACUGCUCAAGGUUCCUCUGGAGUCGAUGCGGAAACUUGGCGACGAUACAGGCUCGUGGCUGUACAAUACAAUCCGUGGGGAGGACAAUAGCGAGGUUAAUCCAAGGACUCAAAUAAAAAGCAUGCUUUCAGCCAAGUCCUUCCGGCCCUCGAUAAAUGACUUUGAACAAGGCGCAAGAUGGCUGCGUAUAUUCGCCGCUGACAUCUUCAGUCGCUGUGUUGAGGAAGGCGUGCUAGAAAACAAGCGCCGCCCUAAAGUCAUCACACUUCACCAUAGACAAGGUGGUCAGACACGAUCGCGACAGAGUCCAAUACCGCAAGGGAAACCGCUCACCGAGCAGAUGCUAUUUGAGCUUGCAAAGAACUUGCUUGCUCAAGUUGUUGUGGAUGGUCGCGCAUGGCCGUGUGCAAACCUCAGCUUGAGCGUCGGCGGGUUUGAAGACGGAAUAAGCGGAAACAAAGGCAUUGGCGGAUUUUUGGUACGAGGAGAUGAGGCGAAAGCUUUAGUUGAUAAGGAAAAUGAGGAAAACAAAGGCAAACAAAGUCCAGCACAACCGCCGUCUAAAAAGCGAAAAGUAGAGGGUACUGGAACACUCAGCAAGUUUUUUGUGACAAGAGAUUCACAUAGCGAUACGGUUCCAGAUCACCAUGCAAUCAGUGUCCUUGACGAGGACAGGAUCCAGGAGAAGGAGAGCAGUAAUUCUAUUCCAUCUGCAAAGUCAAGCCAUGAAGAUCUCUAUGAUCACGCCCUGCCACCAUCGGCACAGGGUGCCCAAGUGCUGCAGUCGAAGCAGCACGCACUUGACUCGCAUUUUUGUGCUCGAUGUGGCACAUAUGUGCAAGAGGAGCAGGCAGAACAUUUAGACUGGCAUUUCGCAAAGGAUCUGGCAGACGAAAUGCGCGCUCAGGACCUGGUGACUAGUGCGACGCCAAUACAACAUAUUCCCAGGCCUCCGCCUACAAGAGGGCGAGGGAGACCACCUGGAGGAACUUCAUCAGGCAGGAAGACUGAGAAGGGCCAGAGGAGGUUGGAAUUUGGAACAGGAUGA